AUGCCAAAUCCACAGGUAGCUUCUCGCGCUAUCGUGACUUGUGGCCAAAACGAGGCACACAACCGCGCGUGCUGGAAGAACCGUUGGGACAUCAACACCGACUAUGAAAACAUCACCCCGGAUACUGGCAAUACUCGGACAUUCGAUCUGAGGAUUACCAAUGUAACCGAGUUCGCACUAGAUGGCGUUCUACGGAGGGCCAUGUUGAUCAACAACCAGUACCCCGGCCCCGCCAUCACUGCUGAUUGGGGUGAUAUGCUCCAUAUCACUGUUCACAACGAGUUGACAGACAACGGGACAUCCAUUCACUGGCACGGCAUGAGACAACUUCACACAAAUAACCAAGAUGGGGCAAACGGUGUCACUGAAUGCCCCAUUCCUCCCGGCGAAUCGAGAACCUAUAGCUUUCGCGCAACGCAAUACGGUACCUCGUGGUAUCACUCUCACUUCUCGACUCAAUAUGGCAAUGGAGUUGUCGGCCCUUUGGUCAUCAACGGCCCUGCUAGUGCUGAUUACGACCUCGAUCUUGGGCCGUACGUGGUCUCGGAUACAUACCACUUCACCUCAGAUGUCGGCAUGUUGAUGGCGGAGAUGGCUAACAAAGCACCUCCCAAGUCUGACAAUAUCCUUUUCAACGGACAAAACAUCAAUACUGCUGGCGAAGGGGGCUCAUACAACAAGAUGACUCUGAUCAAGGGCAAGAAGCACCGACUAAGAAUAAUCAACACCUCUGUUGAGAACCAUUUCACUCUGUCUCUGGUUGGGCACAACUUCACGGUCAUCGCAACCGACAUGGUUCCGGUUCGCCCGGUCGUCAAGUCACAGAUCUUUGUCGCUGUUGGUCAAAGGUACGAUGUGAUCAUCGAUGCAUCUCAGGAAGUUGGCAACUAUUGGUUCAACGCUACCUUAAGCAAAGAUGGUCUCUGCGGAGCAUCCAAAAACCUAUUCCCAGCCGCCAUCUUCUCCUACUCCGGCGCGGACGAUGACGUACUUCCAACGGAUCAAGGCACACCAGUCACCGCCGACUGCCAUGACACAACUGGAUUUGUACCGGUGGUGUCCCGCACCGCAUCGCUUGAGGAUUGGCAGGACAACAACAAAGAGCUUGACAUUAACCUCACCACGGUUGUUACAGGCAGAGGGCGGGUCUUUCAGUGGCAAGUCAACUCCUCGGCAAUGGACGUCACGUGGGAAAGGCCGAUCCUCUCAUACAUCCGGGAGGGUAACACCUCAUAUCCCACAGCCGGCAACGCCAUCAGCCUCGACAAGGCCAAUGUCUGGACCUACUGGGUAAUCGCCAACAUCGUGGGUUUGCCUCAUCCAAUCCACCUUCACGGCCACGACUUCCUCGUGCUAGGCACCGCCGACAAGGGUCACUUCGAUCCCGCUGCCGACAUGGACAAGCUGAACUUCAAAAACCCCGUCCGUCGCGAUGUUGCCAUGCUGCCGGGCGGCUGGUUGGUCAUUGCUUUCAAGACUGACAACCCUGGUGCGUGGCUCAUGCACUGUCAUAUCGCGUGGCACGUCAGCCAGGGCCUCAGCGUACAAUUCCUUGAGAGGACGAGCGAGAUUGCUACUGCCAAUGAUCUGAGCCAGCUCCAACCAAAUUGCGAUUCCUGGAAAACGUACCAUGCCAAAGCCUUCUACCCCAAGCUCGACUCGGGUUUAUGA